CGCAAUGUACAUUCAGGGGGGAGAGCGAACUGCACGUGUAAUCACGAGCUGCGUCUGCGCUAGUUACACCACGCUUCUGUUCAGCUCAGUGUGCUACACACUGCAGUGACCGCACAGUUGCAAGGCUCGCCCUGGCGCAGUAUGGUUCCCCCUAGUGGUGCCCUUGCGCUCGACUGGAUCUGAGAACAUUGAAAACACAAACACGCAACGGUGUGUUGAGUCUCCCAAGAUGGCGGCGUUCGGAAGGAGGCGCGGUGUCCCAGUCAACAGGGAGAGGGGAAUAAUGGCCGCCUCGGACUGCUACAUCGUUCACGAGAUCUACAGCGGGGAGAACGCACAGGACCAGUUCGAGUACGAGCUGGAGCAGGCCCUGGAGGCCCAGUACCAGUACAUCGUGAUCGAGCCCACACGCAUCGGCGACGAGACGGCGCGCUGGGUGGCGGUGGGCAACUGCCUGCACAAGACGGCGGUGCUGUCGGGGGCGGCCUGCCUGCUGACGCCGCUCUCGCUGCCGCUGGAGUACUCGCGCUACGUGGCGCUGCCCGCCGGGGCGCUCAGCGUGGCCUGCGCCACCCUCUACGGCAUCUCCUGGCAGUUCGACCCCUGCUGCAAGUACCAGGUGGAGCACGACGGCCACAAACUGUCCCGCCUGCCGCUGCACACGCUCACCUCCUCGGCGCCCGUGGUGCUGGUGCGCAAGGACGACGUGCACAGAAAGAGACUCCACAACACGAUAGCGCUGGCCGCCCUGGCCUACUGCGUCAAGAAGAUCUACGAACUGUACGCCGUAUGAUUCGCGGGGGGAGGAGGAGGAGGAGGAGGGGGGGAGGAGACGCGGCGGGAAGGGCGGGGGGCUCGGGGGAACGCGCCCGAGAAACGGCGGCAGCGGCGACGGAAAAGCUCGUCCGGCCGUUUCGCCGCUCGAGCGGUUUUUUGGUCGUUUGAUGGUUCGGAGGACAAUAGCGAAAACUAGGGAGUUUUUUUUUUUUCUUCUGUUUUUGUUUUGUUUUCCCCUCUAAUUGUUUUCUCUGACAUCACCAGUGCACUUAUUUGACCUUGUAUGUACAUGUCCACCCCCGUCAUUCAUACGCUAAAUUUGUGAACAUAGGUUAAAGUCAACAUCUCUGAGACUUGAGAUGACGGGAGUGGGACAGACAUGUUCGAGUAUUAACGGUCUGAUAUUUUUGUCCUUGUAGUUUAUUGUACCAUUUCCUGCUGGUCGCCACUUCAUUAAACGUUAGGAUAUUUGAAACUCCC